GGCAGAGAAAUAUCAGUCAAUACCUGGAGGCGGUAGUGUGAACAUCUCUGGGGCGAGAAAAAAAUUUUAAUUUACAUAACAAGAUUUUUUUGAAAGACCUCAUCUACAAUGAAAGGUCUUAGGGUGUUGAUUAUUUUCAUUGGUCUAAUCCAUUUAAUUGCCGGUGCCUCAUUGGCACCAGAACAAAAAGUUCGUUACGAUAAUUAUAAAGUCUACGAAACAACCGUUGAAAAUCGUGAACAAUACGCACUCUUGCAAUCGUUGGAGGGUGAAUUUGCGCUGGACUUUUGGAAUGACAUCCAUCAAUUUGGAGAAAACUAUGACGUUAUGCUCAAGCCCUCGGAACAAUCAGCCUUUGAAGAGCGUUUGAAGCAACACAAUAUCAAAUAUAGAGUUAAAAUUGAAAAUGUUCAAAGCUUAAUCGAUAACGAACAACCGAAAACCAGAUCGUAUGGAUUCGAUUGGGAAAACUUCCACAAGUUAGAUGAAAUUUAUCAGUGGAUAGAUGAAAUCGCUGAACGUUAUCCGGAUAAAGUAACACUCUUCGAUAUUGGUCAUUCGUAUGAGGGUCGCUUGAUUAGAGGUCUUAAAAUUUCACAUAAGCCCGGAAAUAAAGCUGUCUUCAUUGAAUCGAACAUUCAUGCUCGUGAAUGGAUUACGUCGGCUACAAUCACAUAUGUCAUCGAUGAACUGUUGGCCUCUCGUAAUCCUGGUGUACAAAAAAUGGCCGAAAGUGUUGACUGGUGGAUAAUUCCGGUAUUGAAUGUUGACGGUUUUGUGCAUUCACAUGAAGUGAAUCGCAUGUGGCGCAAAUCCAGAUUACCUUCAGAUCCCACGGGCAAAUGUAUUGGAACAGAUUUGAAUCGUAAUUUCGAUUUCCUCUGGAUGUAUGCUGGUGCCUCCAGCGAUCCUUGCUCGGAAACAUAUGCUGGUCCCUAUGCUGAAUCGGAUCCCGAAAUUAAACAAAUGACACAAUUUAUUAACACCAGCAUUCCGGAAGAUACCAUUAAAAUCUACAUAUCCCUGCAUUCCUAUGGCCAAUAUGUUUUGUCACCUUGGGGCCAUACCGACACUGAGGUACCCGAACACUAUGGUGAAAUGAUGCAUGUUGCCAAGGGUUUUGCUGAUGCUUUGUAUCGCCGUUACAACACUGUUUUCACUUAUGGUUCCAGUGCCACAACACUUUACAAAGUCUCUGGCUCUGGCAAGGAAUGGGCUUAUGGCGUUAAAGGCAUCCCCAUUCCAUAUACCAUUGAAUUGCGCGACAAGGGUGAAUAUGGUUUCAUUUUGCCACCAGAAAUGAUUUUACCCGUGGCCAAAGAGGUUUUGGAUGGUUUCGUUGGCAUGAUUUCGGCCGCCAAGGAGAUUAAUAUUGUCUAAAGUCUCGAGAUUUAAAAUUGCAUUGAGUUAAAAAUAUAAUUUUUAAAAAUUUUAAUAAUUUUUUUUAU